UUUCUCAUGUUCAAUCAACAUCCCGCCCAACAGCGUCCUCCCUCAUCGUGGAGCGCCCUCCACACUGGACAUUUACCCAUCUCCGUUGAGACGCCCGGCUUUGCAUACUGGAACGACCGAGACCACAUGGAGUCAAGUGUAGUCCAAGUGCUGGUGGACGGGGACAGUGGGGUCAUGGACAGCGGUGCAGCUAUCGACAUUAUCUAUGUUCGUAACCGGAAUGUUCAAGACUGUCCUGAAAACCGCGCAUUGGAUACGAAGCGAUGUGCAGACUGGGCCACCAUUCAGGAGAUUUUGGCUCGGGUUGAUAAACUGUUGGGCUGGAGAACAAGAGUAAUCAUGAAAACACUCGAAGAUGGCUCCAUGAAUCUUCAGGCCACCUCGCACAAACAUCAUUAUGUCGGGAAGACGCUCUCCGACAGCGUCGUCAUCGACCGCGUUCCACUUUCAGCCUUUCGGCUUGUGUCUAGACAUAAGAAUAGCUUCGUCAUUCACCAAGUGGUCAUGGCUUCAGACUGGGAAACCCACAAGGUUCUCAAACAGUCGGCCCAAAUCGGAGACGGUAUGCAAAACAAUGACCUUGUCAAAGAGCUUGAAUUCUUUGUCUCCCUACCGCACUGCGAUCACUUGGUUCGACCCACACAGGCAGCUAUAGACGAAUCCGGCUGUCUGCGGGGCAUGCUCAUGGACUAUCAUCACGCAGGCAGCUUAAUGGAGUACUACCUUGACCACCGUCCGACUGACGCGUGGUCUUUUGUCAGUCUCCCUCCAUUUGCACCAGAGGCAACUCCCCCUCCAUUAAACGACGCAUUGUUGUUUCCACUGGAAGUUAAACUCGCGUGGGCUCGUGAUAUCAUUGCUGCUAUAGCCUGGUUACACGAGCGAGGCGUAUUCUGGGGGGAUCUGAAUCUCAAUAAUGUUGUUCUCUGCAACGAUGGACGUUGCCGCCUCAUUGAUUAUUACCCGGAUCCCUACGCCUGGACGCCAAAGUACUCUCCACCAGAGCUAGGCAACAGGAUUCAGACAACCCCCGAACAACCCUUAACACCUGAGCGCGACGCCUUUCUUCUUGGAAUGACACUUUGGGCGUUGUUCGAAGAAGUCAUAUUUUUCUCCCGGGAAGUUGAGUGGGUCCGACCGUGCCUGCCUUGGAGAGACAACACGCUACGGUGGUUUGUUGAUGUGGUUGAGUCGACUCUUGCUGCUGAUCCGGCCGAACGGGUAACAGUCAAGAACGUGCAAGAUGUGCUGCUCCUUCACGUCGACUGA